CCGUCUGUUGCUUGGGACCCACACAGCCAGCGGCCCUAGCGCUUGGGUCUUGGAAGAGCGUGCUGGGGACGUUUGCCCCAGGGCCCCAGCCUGGCCCAGGAUGCACCGGAGCUGCUGCUGUGGGUGCUGCGCUGCAGCACCAUGGGUCCUGGUCUUGCUGUUCCUGCUGCCCUGCGUUUCUGGACUGCCCUUCUAUAACGGCUUCUACUAUUCCAACAGCCCCAAUGGCAGGAAUCCAGGCAAUGGCUAUGGCGAAGGCCUUUUCAAUGGAGUGAAGUUGGUCGUAGAGACGCCCGAGGAGACGCUGUUCACCCACCGGGGGGCUACCGUGACCCUGCCCUGCCACUACCACUAUGAGCCAGCGCUGGCCUCCCCAAGGCCCGUGCGCAUCAAGUGGUGGAAGCUGUCAGAGAACGGGGCCCCAGAGCAGGAUGUGCUGGUGGCCAUAGGCAAGAGGCACCGCUCCUUUGGGGACUACCAAGGCCGUGCGCACCUGCGGCAGGACAAGGAGCGUGAAGUCUCACUGGAGCUCUGGGAUCUGCGGCUGGAAGACUAUGGGCGCUACCGCUGUGAGGUCAUUGAUGGGCUAGAGGACGAGAGCGGCCUGGUGGAGCUGGAGCUGCGGGGCGUGGUCUUUCCCUACCAGCCCCCUCAGGGGCGCUACCAGCUCAACUUCCAGGAGGCCCAGCAGGCCUGUGAGGAGCAGGAUGCAGCAGUGGCCUCCUUUGAGCAGCUCUUCCGGGCCUGGGAGGAAGGCCUGGACUGGUGCAACGCAGGCUGGCUGCAGGACGCCACAGUGCAGUACCCCAUCACGCUGCCCCGAGAGCCCUGUGGUGGCCUGGACCUGGCGCCUGGUGUGCGCAGCUAUGGCCCACGCCACCACCGCCUGCAUCGCUACGAUGUUUUCUGCUUUGCUGCUGCCCUCAAGGGGCGGGUGUACUACCUGGAGCACCCGGAGAAGCUGACACUGAAGGAGGCCCGGGAGACCUGCCAGGAAGAUGGUGCCCAGAUUGCCAAGGUGGGCCAGCUCUUUGCUGCCUGGAAGUUCCGUGGCCUGGACCGCUGUGAUGCCGGCUGGCUGGCAGAUGGCAGUGCCCGUUACCCUGUGGCUCACCCCCGUCCCAACUGCGGGCCCCCAGAGCCUGGAGUCCGGAGCUUCGGCUUCCCAGACCCUCAGAGCCGCCUGGAUGGCGUCUACUGCUACCGCCCCCGCUAGGAUCUGGGCGGCCAGCUUUGCACCCAGCCUCCUUCCCCCAGGGGCUGUGUAUUUAUUGAGUGGUUCAAUUCUCCUAAUGGGUCAGGGCAAUUUUAGUAUUGUUUUUAUAUUUCUCAACUUAAACAUUUUUAAAAAGUAUCAUUAUUUUUUUGUAAAUCCAGCAGCAUCCAAGUACCAGCUCCCCUGGACACCUGGAGGCACUCCCCGUCACAAACAUUUGAGGUUUGUGAGCCUUUUAGAGGGCUCUCUGCUAUCCCUGAGUCCAGCCUGUGUCCUUCCUCAGAGGAGGCUGAUACCCAAGUGGGCAGUGACCUGGCCACAAGGGGUCAAGGCAUGGUGGCUGCU